AUUACUAAUUCAUUACAUUGCAAAGGGGAGUGACGCAGUUAUUGUAGAUCUAUAGCUACUCCAUGCUUUUUUAGAUGACCUGAAAUAACACUUUUUAUUUUAAUAUUCGGACCUUCAACUGCACAUAAACAGAAGAAAGAGGAGGGAUUCCUGUCGGCAUUUAGAGGCUGUAUGUGGAACAUCUGCGCUCCUUGAAUUUGGAUGCCAUUCUGGUUGGAGGUUGCGGUAGACCCCGAGGACUAGAUGCGAUAACCAGGACGAGAUAUGCCGCAGCCGAAAUCACGAAAAAUCGCCAUCCUCGGGUACAGAUCCGUAGGAAAGUCCUCCUUGACGAUUCAGUUUGUGGAGGGACAGUUCGUUGACUCCUAUGACCCAACAAUAGAAAACACAUUUACUAAAAUGAUCACAAUAAAUGGACAGGAGUACCAUCUUCAGCUGGUAGACACAGCAGGACAGGAUGAGUACUCCAUCUUCCCACAGACCUACUCCAUAGAUAUCAACGGUUACAUUCUGGUCUAUUCAGUCACGUCUAAUAAAAGCUUUGAAGUUGUACAAGUUAUCCAUGAAAAACUAUUGGACAUGGUGGGAAAAGUUCAAGUACCAAUUAUGCUCGUCGGGAACAAGAAUGACCUACAUAUGGAGCGAGUAAUCAGUUGUGAAGAAGGAAAAGCAUUAGCUGAAUCCUGGAACGCUGCCUUCAUGGAGUCCUCAGCUAAAGAGAACCAGACGGCUGUGGAGGUAUUCCGGAGGAUGAUCCUGGAGGCAGAGAAGAUGGAUGGCGGCGUGCAGCCAGGAAAAACCUCCUGCUCCAUGAUGUAGAGCCGCCCAAUCAACACACAGGACACUGCACUGGGAAAUCCCGUUACUUGAAGGCUAGCUGCCAGUUCUCCUCCACCUCAGCUGACUCCACCCCUCCAGGGUCCUAAAUAUCCAAUACUGUCUAUUUAUGGCUCUGACUCCACUGUUAUUUAUCAGUAUUCCCUUUUGUCAUCCUCGUUUUUCUUUUUGUGUUUGAUAAAAAAAAAGAAGGAUGAGUGGUGGUUCCUGUGUCUUACAUUUUCCCACAAUCCACCUCUCCUCCUCCAUCUCUGUGCUCAGCACUGAUGCAAAACACAGAACAUCAUUCAGGUGUAUCAGAAAAAAUGUUUUCCUGUGCUCGGUGAUGACGACAACAGUAACCAAGGCCAGAGAUGGUAGCAGCUUGAUGCAUCUUAGCUUCUCAUUAUGCAGCUCCCAUAUAUAGGCUACGAGCCCCUUGCUGUUUAAAUAACAAGAGAUAAGAGAAAUGUCAUGUCUGCCAUGCACACGCUCUGAGAAUGGAUAAAUAAAUACAGACGUUUCUUCUGAUACAUCAUCAGCUGUUUGGUCUAGCCAAUAUAUACAGCUCUUUUUCUACUUCAUUUCCACGCAGUGCCCACUCCUCUCUGUCCCUCGGUUCGUUUUCAUAGCGGUUACUGUCAGCCAAAAAAAGAAAAAAAAAUCUGCAUCCAUUUUCUAAUGUUGAAAAUGUUGUACAAAUGUUUUUGAUUGUAAUCAUUAAAGCAAAAAGUGGUUAUGUAAA